AUGGCGACCAUCAAGGCCAUCGAGGCUCACUCGGUUCAUCAAAUCCAGUCAGGCCAGGUCAUUGUUGACCUGUGUUCCGUCGCCAAAGAGCUGGUCGAAAACAGCCUCGAUGCAGGCGCAACCACAAUCGAGGUCCGGUUCAAAAAUAACGGGCUAGACUUAAUCGAGAUCCAGGACAAUGGCAGCGGAAUCUCGCCGGAGAAUUACGAGAAUAUCGCACUGAAACACUACACCUCGAAGCUAUCCUCCUACGAUGACCUCUCACGCUUACACACUUUCGGCUUCCGCGGCGAGGCAUUGCCCCCCCGCGCAAAUAAACUCAACUUCGAAGCUUCGGGAAAGCUGGCAAAGACUCAAAUAGUCGCCGGGCAGAAGGGGACGACUGCUUCAGUCGAAGGUAUCUUCAAGCGACUUCCAGUCCGCCGGCGCGAAUUGGAGAAGAACAUCAAACGGGAAUAUGGGAAAGUGCUGAAUCUCCUUCAUGCAUACGCAUGUAUCAGCGCGGGCGUCCGGUUCAGUGUUAAGAACACAGUUGGCAAGACGAAGAACGUCGUCGUCUUUUCCACCAACGCGAACCGCACGACGAGGGAGAAUAUCGCCAAUGUAUAUGGAGCGAAGACUCUCUCUGCGCUGAUCCCCUUGGACCUGAAGCUAGAAUUUGAACCGUCUGCUUCGAUGAAACGCGCCGGUGGGGGGAAAAAGUCGAACCAGAUGGUUGUUCAGGGUCAUAUUUCCCGGCCUGUUUUCGGAGAAGGGCGUCAGACACCGGAUCGACAGAUGUUCUUUGUCAAUUCGCGACCUUGUGGUCUGCCUCAGAUCGCAAAAGCUUUUAAUGAGGCUUAUAAAUCUUUUAAUGUUUCGCAGUCGCCGUUCAUCUUUGCGGACUUUCAGAUGGACACGGAUGCUUACGAUGUGAAUGUUUCGCCGGAUAAGCGGCAGAUUCUCAUCCAUGAUGCUGCUGCUUUGAUCGAAUCGCUGAAGACUUCGCUGGUGCAGCUCUUUGAAAGUGCCGAUCAGACGGUCCCCCAGUCACAGGUCCUUGGCUCGAAGCUUUCCACGCCUAAGCAGCAGGCGCUCGGGGCCCUUCCGGGGUUCGUCUCAGCUCGCAAACUCAACCAGCGCGUUUCCGAGUCCCCUGCGACUCCAUCACAAGAAUCCAAGCCGCGCAAGUCCAUUGACAAAGAAGCCGAGAGUGAGCGCCCAGCUGCUCGGCAAGAAAUUGAAAUCCAUGCCGAUACCGAGGAAAACUCACAAGAUAUCCAACCUUCAUCUCCUCCAGCUGAAUCUACUCCGGCGCCUAGACGACACCCAGGACCAUCCAGGGAAGCUACAUCUCCUAUACAAAUUCCAGACAGCACUCCUGCCAAGCCCCGAGAAAAGAGCACAGCAGAGCCUCAAGAACAAAUAUCGAACAAACGAGGCUCUGAAGUAACCCAGGAGCUAUCGUCACAACUUUCUGAAGAGCAGCAGCCAUCCAGCCAUCCGAUCGAUGAGCCAGAAGAAACGCCCAAUGUGGUUCAGAAUGCUUUUGAUAGGAUGCGCCCAUGCCGUGUUCCAGCGGAAAUGGCUACUAUUACGAUUGGCGGACACACUGUUAAAUCGGUGGUGGGAAGUGGUCCUCCGCGCAGGCGUACUUCGGAUUUAAGAUCAUCGGAAAAAGAACGUCCGGGGCGAAAGCGGCGGAUUCAUACCCCGUCUCGACCUAAUAUAUUUGGAAAGCAUAUGAGAGUGUUCGCUGCCCCCGGAACACAAGCAGAGCCAGAUGAGGCCGGGGAUGAGGAAGAGGCGGAAGAUGGAAGCGAAGACGAAGAUGGAGAGGCUGAAUACUCUGCGAGUGAGAACAGCCAAGAGAGCGAUGUCGAACAAGAAGCUGAAGCAGACCCCCCUUCUACGCCUGAGGAUGCUGAUGAUGCCCCUGGACAAAGCGAGGCUCGCCAUCAACGAGAAUCAGAGCCAGUUGAGGCUGGGGUAGAAACAGCUGGUGGCGCAGAAGAGCAGGAAAUAGACGAAGCCGAUAAAAAGGCCGAAGAAGAAGCCAGAGUCCAACAUCUAAUCCACCAAGCCGAGGAAAAAGCCAUGCUCCCAAGCGAAAACAACAUCAGCCGCGUAAACAAGAUGAACAAAGGCGCCACUCAUCGCGAUGCAACUGUCCACUUGGUCAGCACGAUAGAUGCCUCAAUCACACAGCUUCAGUCCCAGAUGACGAAAUUACGCGAGGGCCUCGAACGACAGAGACAAACCCCGACUCAAGAAGAUGUCGACGCGAACGAUAGCAAAACCGCCGAAGACCGCCUCUCAUUAACCGUCAGCAAAGCUGAUUUCGCGCAGAUGCGCAUCAUCGGCCAAUUCAACCUUGGCUUCAUCAUCGCCGUACGACCGGGCGAAACCCGCGACGAGCUCUUCAUCAUCGACCAGCACGCCUCGGACGAGAAGAUCAAUUUCGAGCGUCUGCAGUCCGAAACGAUCGUUCAGAACCAGCGGCUCGUCCGACCCCAGCGCCUAGACCUCACCGCCGUCGAAGAAGAGAUCGUGCUGGAGAAUCGCGCCGCGCUGGAGAAAAACGGGUUCGUUGUUACUGUUGACGAGAGCGGCGAGGAACCCAUCGGUCGACGGUGCAGUCUUGUUUCCCUACCGCUGAGCAAGGAGGUUGUCUUUGGUUCACGGGAUCUGGAAGAGCUGAUUGUUCUCUUGUCCGAGUCGCCGGCUACUAAUUCGGUCUCUGUGCCGAGACCGAGUAAGGUACGCAAGAUGUUUGCCAUGCGUGCUUGUCGGUCGAGUAUCAUGAUUGGAAAGACUUUGACUGCGCGGCAGAUGCAGCGGGUUGUUAAUAAUAUGGGGACUAUUGAUAAACCGUGGAAUUGUCCACAUGGACGGCCAACUAUGCGGCAUUUGAUGAGUUUGGGGUCGUGGGAUGAAUGGGAUGAAUAUGCUACCGGGGAAGGUGAGGGGGGGUGGUACUAG